AUGCGCAACCUCGCCCUGCUGGCCCAUCGGGUCUAUCCGCUCGUGGACCAGCCGACCGGGAGCAAUGCCGCGAUACAGGCGACCGCACUGAGCACGGAGGACGACUCCCUCUUCGCCGUCGCAGUCUCGCGAUCCUCGCCCACUUCUCCUAACGUCAAACUCACCUUCCUCCGCCGCAGCCCAGGCGCUAGCGGUCUCGCCCCGUUUUCCAGCAUCAUCGUUCCGGCAGCGCCGACACCGCUCCAGGGCUCGGCGUCCGGCGUAUGCACGCCUCAGCAGACGGGCAGGCCGACCAAUGAGGUCGUCUCGCUCCAAUUCCUUGCAGACGGCGGAUCGGCCGCCCGGCACAACCCCGCACUCUGCACCAUCACCGCCGGGGGCGACAUCAUCCUCCUCCCCCUUGAGGACCAACCCGAGCUCGAUGAUGCGCCUGCUGCGGAUCCAGACAUCGUUGGGUCGGUCGAACAGGGGCUGCUCGCUGCUUCGUGGAGUCCAGAUGACGAGCUGCUCGUCCUCAUCACCGCUGAGACACCGCAAGACAUGUCGGAGCGCGGAACGAGGGAGCCAGAGAAGCUGCUGCUCAUGUCCCGCGAGUUCGAGGUUCUAUCAGAGACGCAGCUCAGGACCGACGACUUCGGCGAAGAGAGACCCGUCGACGUCGGCUGGGGCUCUAAAGCGACCCAGUUCCACGGCUCAGAGGGCAAGGCAGCAGCAGCUGCGGCUGCGGCGGCCGCAGCGGCUGCAGCAAAGCCCACCGUCGACACCCGCGGACCCCAGUUGCCCGACGACGACGGUAAACCACGCAUCUCGUGGCGUGGAGACGGCGCCUUUUUCGCCGUAUCGUCCCUAGAGCCGUUCCGCUCUGCUGUGUCCGAGGUCGACGCAGCGCCGACCUGGCACCGCCUCAUUCGCACCUACGCCAGGCUUGGUGCGCUCUCGGCCACCUCGGACGCAUCGGUUCGCGGCCUUUCUCAGGCCCUCGCCUUCAGGCCGAUUGGCAACCUCAUCGCCAGCACGCAACGUUUUGGCCCUUCCCCAUCUGGCGAGCCAUGGCAGGCAGGACGGACGGGAAGGCACGAUGUCGUCUUCUUCGAGCGCAACGGGCUGCGGCACGGCGAGUUCAGCCUGCGCGAAGAGGCUCCUUCGCAGCCGCAGGGCACCCAGAUUGGCUGGCAGCGCGACCAGCUGGGUCAGCAAUGGAUUCGCAGCCACUUCAUCCGCGAACUCUGCUGGAACUCGGACGGCAGUGCCUUGGCCGUGUGGCUCACCCGCACACCUAACGCUGACCAUGCCAGCGAUGCGCCCGUCGACGUCGUGCAGAUCUUCACCACUGGCAACUACCACUGGUACCUGAAGCAGGAGAUUGUGGCAUCGGCCAGCAUCCAACAGGUCAGGUGGCAUCCCGAGGACCCGCACGAUCUGGUCAUCGCACGGUCCGGCGUCGUGGAGCGUCGGGUCUUCGGCUUUGAGACGUCCUGCUCCGGCGGUCGUCCUCCGUUCGACGCUGCCUGCGUCGCUGUCGCGGAUGGCACUGCCACGCUGCUGACGCCCUUCCGGAUGCAGAAUGUGCCACCACCCAUGUGCACGACGGCGCUGCUGCCGCCACCCGGAGCUGGGCAGCUUCCCUCAUCCCACGACGUACGCUCGAUACCAGUGCACUACGCCUGGACGCAGCUCGUGUCACCAAACACUCAAACAGCCACCGGUCUCCUGGCUUUGCUGUACCAGUCGGGUCAGGUGCAGCUUUGGUCAUUUGAGUGGGGCACGAUGGGUGGCCGCUCAAAGGUCGGCGGUCUUCCUGUCCCUGAACCCAAGCUACUCGGCGUCGUCGAAGCACAGGGCCAAGACGGUCGACGGGGUGCGUCGAUGCCUAUCCAGGUCGCCACUGCGGGGCGGCUCUCGGACGUUGCAGAGAGUGCGGGCUCCUGGAAGCUCUCGCUCGCCGUGCUCCUCUCCGAUGGAGAGCAUGACUCGGUCCGCAAACUCGAAGUCGUCUCGUCGUCCGGGUCUGAGUCAAAGGUCAGCUCAACGGAAGAAAUCGAUCUGCCAGCGAGCAGCAGCGGCAAGCGCAGGAUUGCUGCCGACCCCUUCGUGCCCAGACCCGGCUUCGAGCCUGGCUUCUAUGUACACGACGAGGACGGACAGGUCUGGCGCCUCUCACAGGGAGGAGCGAGGCCGUUUUCGAGGCUCGGCGCCUUCUGCCCUACGAUGCAGGUUCUCGCCCGACCCGGCGGCCAAGCAUCGCGCAUCAUCGGGCUAGCUGCCAGCGGCCGCCUCUUCGCCAACAGCCACCUUGUUGCCAAGGAUGCCACCUCCUUCACUUUGGCCGGCAGCUUUUUGGUGUGGACCAACAGCGCGCACGAGGCACGCUUCGUCCCGAUCGCGAGCCUCCCCUUUGACGACGAUGCGAGGGAAGGGAGCGCCAAGGCAAAGGAAGACGCCGUCGAUCUUGGCCGCCGCGUCGAGCGUGGCAGCCGGAUCAUCACUGCCGUGCCCAGCCUGAUGGCACUCGUGCUCCAGAUGCCUCGAGGCAACCUCGAGAUCAUCUGCCCACGGCCUCUGGUGCUCGAGGUGGUACGACGCGACCUCGACCACCAACGCUACGGUCCCGCCUUCCGUACCUGCCGCACGCAUCGCAUGGACGUCAACGUCCUGUACGACCACGACCCAGAGUCGUUCAUGUCUCAUCUGGACAAGUUUGUCGCGCAGGUCGCCGAUGUGGAUCACAUCAAUCUCUUCCUCUCGGGCCUGCGCAACGAGGACGUGACCACGACCCUCUACAAGCCGCUGACGCGGUCCGACAAGCCGAGCUCGUCGACCUCGGACAAGGUCAACCGGAUCUGCGAUGCGGUGCGCGCCGAGCUGGAGCGAGUCGACAAGCGCAAGUACAUCAACUCGAUCCUGACGACGCACGUACGCAAGGUGCCGGCCGACUACGAGUCGGGCCUGCGUCUGCUGCUGGAGCUCAAGGACGAGGACCAGGCGCUGGCCGAGGAGGCGGUCAAGUACAUCAUCUUCCUCGCCGAUGCCGACAAGCUGUUUGACCUGGCGCUGGGCAUGUACGACUUCACCCUGACGCUCAUGGUGGCGCAGCACGCGCAGCGCAAGGAUCCGCGCGAGUACCUUCCGUUCCUGCGUGAGCUGCGGUCGCUCGAGCCGGUCGAGUACCAGCGAUUCCGGAUCGAUGAUCAUCUCAAGCGGCACAGCAAGGCGCUCGGCUGGCUCUCGAAGGCCGGCAAGCAGCACCACGCUGCCGCUCUGCAGUACAUGGAGCAGCACAAGCUCUACGAGGACGCGCUGCAGUACUUUGCCGAGGACGCGGCGCGGCUGCGUGAUGCCCACGACCUCUUCGGCGACUACCUCUUGACGCGACGCAAGUACAGCGACGCGGCGUCGUGUUUUGUGCUGGCGUCGAAGCCGCGCAAGGCGAUGCAGGCGUACCUCGAUGCGCUCCAGUGGGCCGAGGCCUUCACGCUGGCGUUUGCCGAGAAGCUGCCGCCCGCCGAGAUUGUCAAGAUGGGCCGCGAGGUGGCCGAGCAGCUCGAGGACAAGCUGCGCUGGGGCGAGGCGGCGCGCGUGGUGCUCGAGUACGGGCGGGAUCUCGAGCAAGCGGUGCACUACUAUUGCAAGGCCAACGACUACGCCCAGGCGCGCCGGCUCGCCGCCACCUACGGCCGGCCGGACCUGGUGCAGACGCACAUUGCGCCCGCCGCGCUCGAGACGCACGGCGUGCUGCUCGACGACAUCGACGAGAUGACGUCGCAGCUCUCCAAGCAGCUGGCGCGCCUCGCCGAGCUGCGCAACAAAAAGGCCGAGGACCCGGCCAUGUUCUACGGCACCGACGAUCCGGCCCUCGAAAACGUCGACGUCAUGAGCGACACGUCGACCCAGAUGACGGCCUUUACGCGCUACACGGCCGCGGCGCCCACGGCGAGCGGCGCGAGCACCAUGUCGACCUUCAGCCAGAUGUCCAAGUCGAGCAGCAGGAAGCACGCGGCCAAGCUCAAGAAGAAGGAGGAGCGCAAAAAGGCGGCCGGCAAAAAGGGCAGCGUGUACGAGGAAGACUACCUCUACGAGAGCCUGCAGAAGCUCGUCAAGGAUCGGCUCGGUGGCGUGCAGGACGAGACGGCCAAGCUGCUGCCACACCUGCUGACCCUCUCCUCGUCCCACCGCACCGCAGGGCGGGAGCUGCAGGCUUCCUUGUCGCGCUUCGAAAAGGCGGCGAGCGAGGCCGUCGAGAAGCUGUGGGGCUACAGCCAGGACGACGAGCAGGCCAAACUGGACCACCUCGCCGCACUCGAGGGCGACAUCCUCAACGGCAGCCUCGCCGCCGCCGGACCCAACAUGCUCGCCAUGGCCGUGCGCAGCAUCGACCGACGCCCGCCACGCCCCAAACUGGUCAUGGCAGAGGGCAAGUGGAAGGUGGUCCUGUUUGAGGGUUAA